AUGGAUAUUAACCGACCGGCAAAUGUCUCCUUCUUUGAUUUCAUCGGAGGAGUCCAACUUCUCCAGGGGGAGGACACCAGGACAGCGGUUCCCGUCAUCCUCAUCGGGAUCUGCGUCUCCGGAGCGGUUGGGAAUUUGCUCGUUUUGCUGAUUUUCAUCCGCGACUUCAGGAGCGGCAGAGGCUCCGAGGUGAAGGCGCUGCUCGCCUCUCUGGCGUCCACGGACUUGAUGAUCCUGCUGCUGUGCGCCCCGGUGCGCGCAGUCACCUACUACAAGCAGAGCUGGACCCUGGGGAGUUUCGUGUGCACCACCACGGACUGGUUCCAGCACUCGUGCGUAAUUGCAAAAACUUUAAUCCUCGCCGCCACCACCAGAGCCAAGCACACCCUGGUCCCCAGCACCGCCACGGGGCCCUUCUACAGCCCGACGUGGAUCCACGGAGCCCUGGCGUUCAUUUGGAUAGUGUCCAUGAUGUUUCCCAUCCCUCAGCUGCUCUUCGCCUCUUUGGUGCAACACGGCCGGGACACUAUUUGCGUCUCCGAGAUGCCAGUGUGCGCGUCUGACUUCAUGAGUUUGUUCUACAAGAUUUAUCCAACUGCAACCUUCGUGGUGCCGGCCAUCUUCACGGUGGCCUACUACACCAAGAUGCUGCACGCUGCGGUGAACCACGCACCGAGCCCGCAGCACCAGAGCAAGGUGAUCCUGGUUUUACUGUGUCUGAGUGGCGCGCUGGGGCUGCUGCUGCUGCCGGAGUGGGGGACGUUCACCUGGAUCCGACUCGGCUACGUCAGGCCUCCUGUGGGGCUGCUCAUCUUCGGCCAGGUCCUCCUUUACGCAUGCAGCUCCCUGUCGCCGGUUAUCCUCAUGACCAUGUACGAAGACGUGCGCCAAGGGCUGAUCCACAUCUGGUUCGUCGCCACCUGCAGGAGCAAAAAGCGCGUCCCGAACAAACAGUGUCCGAAAACGGAGGGCAACGGAGCGGAGGUCGGAGCCAACGCCGUCGUUAACGCGCAGGAGAAGACGUUCCCAGAUGUGGAGCACUUUUGGACAGGGCGCAGGAAUACGCACGUCGAAGAGGAGCAGGAUCCGGUUCCAUGGGAGAGAGAGGAGAAGAUGUUGUAG